CAAGGAGCAGUUUAAUAAUUGCAAUAUUUUGAAAUGAAGCAUUGUUGUUGAUCAUCACGAUGCGGGACUGCAAGUGGUAGGUCUUCAAAAUGGCGUCGGAGGAAUGGCAGCAGUGUGCGAACUGGCUAAUUCGUUGCAAAAUUUUGCCAGAGGAUCAUCGAGCAACACUUCCAGACGCCGAGAUUUUUGACUUAGCACAAGCUUUGAGAGACGGUGUUUUAAUAUGUCACUUACUUAACAACUUAUCACCUGCAUCUGUGGACGUCAAGGAUUUUAGUCCUCGUCCGCAACUUUCUCAGUUUUUGUGCCUGAAGAACAUCAGAACUUUCCUGCAGACAUGUAAAAGGGUGUUUGGUCUGCGAGAUGCAGACCUGUUUGAACCCCAAGACCUCUUUGAUGUCAAAGACUUCCGAAAGGUUCUGAUGACAUUGUCUCGUCUGUCAAAAACUGAUACUGCACAAAGUCAUUAUAGCGGUUUCCCACCAAACCACAGAACACAUCGAGCGCCUCCCCUCCCUGUGGCAGAUGACGAUGAUGAGGAUAUCUAUGGUAACCUACCUCGGAUGGCACUUGAAAAUGAUCUAGACGAUAAUGAGGAAAUUUAUGACAAAGUUUAUCAAGAUGACGAUGAAGAAAUUUACGAGGACUUAUGCGCUCGGAGACACAAACGAGGGUCACAUCCUGUAACUAGUCCAGAACAAUUACUGCCCUCAGAGUUACCUCCCCCUGUUACAAAGCUUGACUACUGUGUGAAAGAAAUUCACGACACGGAGAAGAACUACGUAGAUGCUUUGACCAUGUUGGUGCAGCACUUCACAAAGCCACUGAGGGAUGUGAUACCGGCUACAGACCGCGAUGUGAUAUUUGCACACAUAGAGAAAAUGUUAGAGAUUCAUACAGCCCUAUUGGUGGAGCUGCAGCAAGCCUGUCAAGUUGCAUGUUCUGUCGCAACUGGUUCGGGUAGCAAAAUUGCUGAGGUUUUCAUCAAGUGGAAGUCAAAGCUACUCGUAUAUGGCGACUACUGUUCAAACCUACCGAAGGCACAGGAAAAAAUAGAUGACAUUCUUAAGCGAAAUGACACAACGGUUAAAGCACAAGUAGAGACCUGUGAAAAACGUGCAAAUGAGGGCAAGUUUAAGCUACGUGAUUUAUUACAUGUUCCUAUGCAGCGGGUCCUGAAGUAUCAUCUCCUUCUUCGGGAGCUAAUGCGACAGACGAACAAGAAUUCAGAAGACAUCCGUACACUUGAGGCUGGCCUCGAGGCUAUGAUGGAUUUGUCGCUGUAUGUGAAUGAAGUUAAAAGGGACAACGAAACACUGUCCUUGAUAGCAGAGAUACAGAACAGUAUUGGUGAUUUACAAAUGCCUGCACAAACCUCACUUAAGGACUAUGGCAGACUUCAGAAGGACGGUGAGCUGAGGGUGCGGGCCCAUACAGAAAACAAAACAAAAACUAGAUAUAUUUUCCUUUUUGAUAAAGUCAUGCUCAUGUGCAAAUCAAAGAUGGUGGAUAAAUUUUUGUGGGGGGAGACCUAUAAUUACAAAGAAGCCAUAAUUCUGGCCACCUUUAAAGUAGAUGACAGCCAGUUACCAAAAGAGACGCCGGUGAAGCGAGGGGAUAAGUGGAAUACAUUUUCUUUGGUGCAGAAAGAUAACAGAACAGUAUAUACAUUUGGUGCCAAAACAGAAGAUAUGCGGUCAAGAUGGAUAGAGGCCAUCAAAUUAGCAUUAGAAAACACACAGCCACCAGAUCAUCCAAACUUUGUGAUGCAUACGUUUGAAAAGCCAACAGAAUGUUAUGUGUGUGCAAAGCUUUUACGUGGUGUGUUUUUCCAGGGUUAUUGGAACGCAGAAAAGAAGCAAGGUGUUCACAAAGAAUGUAUAGGAAAGGAGAGAGAAAGAGGAGCUGGUGUCUCAGUGCCCCCGAUUCCUCCUCGAGUUGUUGAAACGAAAGAGUCACGGAGACUCAGCAGGGUGAAGGCCCUUUGUGAUUACAUAGGACAACCAGCUCCUGGAGCGGGAAGGAAUGUCCUGUCAUUCCGCAAAAACAUGCUCAUAGACAUUAUCAACUGUACGGACCCCCAGUGGUGGAAGGGCAAGAUAGAGAUUGUUGAGGGCUGGUUCCCCCAACAUCUAGUGAAAGAAGAAAAGCUCACGCGGAAGGAUUCCUAUGUGGAUGUACAGAUAAAUGAAAAUGGACGUGUAACAUCACCCCCACGGCCCCACGCUCAGGGGGGCGAGGGCUACGUCAACAUAGAGGACAGGGGUCUCACAACGUACAAGUGGUUUGUGGGUAACAUGCAGAGGGAAACUGCUAUUGACCGACUCAAGGGGCUGCAAAAUGGAACCUUCCUCAUACGAGUCAGUGAAAACCCAGGCCGUAAGGGCGAGCUCUCCCUGAGCAUCAAAUAUGAUAACCAAGUACGCCAUAUCCGAGUGGAACGUAACGCAGAAAAUUACUUUUUCUUGGCGGAUACCAACUUCUUUAAGUCCUUGCCUGACCUGGUCGAGUACUAUCAACAUAACUCGCUCAAGGACAGCUUCCCCGGAGUUGAUACAACCCUCAUACAUCCUUUCAAGUCACAGACAGGAGGGGCUACUGGACCAGGUCCACGUUGUCUUGGUUACGCGGUGGCUGUGUAUGAUUACGCAGCCACAGCUACGACACAACUGUCUCUGAGUCGGGGCGACAGAGUGGCCAUCUUCAGCAAAACAGGAAGUGACAAGGGCUGGUGGAAGGGAGAGCACUGUGGUUCACAUAAAGUUGGAUACUUCCCAUUGGCAUACGUCAGAGAGGAGGAGGACGAAUGAUAAGGCAAUUUGACCUCCAAAGGUCACAAGAAACUUAGCACCCCCUGGUGUUGGAUCGAAGACGCUGUUGUUCAGGGGAGACAAUCAGUGGGGAUAUAUAAAUCACCCAUGUAAUGGGUCAUCUGCUUAUGUAUCAUGUGAAUAUUGGAUUAAUAUUCCAUAAUUUAUCAUAUUCAUCUUAGAUAACCACCUUUAUAUCUGUCACUGUGGACAAGGUCUGGAGGACGGCUCCAGUGGGAGGUUAUCAUGGCUCAAAGCUAUGUAAACUCAUGUUUGAUGUCAAUAGUGUACAUAUGCAGACUUUUCUCACUUACGACAUGUGAAGUAUACAUCAUCCGUAUAGUUUGUGAUACAUAAUGCACAGUGUCGUAUGGUCAGAGUACAAACAAUAUGUGACAUAGCACACAGUAUUUGUGUCAGUGUACAGAGUGGCGGUGUAAAGUGUCACUGUACAGAGCGUUGGUGUACAGACAGGGUGGCGGUGUACAGUGUCACUGUACAGAGCGUUGGUGUACAGACUAUAUGAGGCAUGAAACACAAAGCACUGCAACCUAGUACACAGAGUACCUUAACAUGGAAUUUGUCACCAUGCAUAAGGAAGGUGUUACACGGUACUUCAAGUACAUGGAACGUGUGAUAAUAGGCAGGCGAUGUGUCCAGGACUGAUAGCAAUAAUAAAUACAAACUGUCUUUAUUAUAUAAAGAUCUAUUGAGCAUUGAUUACAUAUAUACAUGAGUGAACUAAUAUUCUAACAUACAUAUUGCUGUAGAUAUUACAUUAUCACCACUCCAGCCCACCCAUUUUGUCUUACCCAUCACUGUACCUGGUAUUCCAUCUAUGGAAAUGUGUUACAUCUGUUCAGUUAUUGUAUACAUGUACUACUGUGUACAAUACAUCAGUUACUUCAUUAACUUAACCAUUAUGAUCGUUAUAUUUCUAAUUUAAAGAAAGCAAGAGACAAAUUCAUUCGGCAGAAUACUUCAAUAUUUUCACUGGUGUUAAGUAUUGGUAUUCUGUCUAAUUGCUGAAAUAUCAUGAUAAACAAGAGGAAACUUAUAAGCUCCUCUUAAUACUCUAGGGUGAAGCCAAUGUUUAGAAUCACCUGUCAUUGAAUACCUUGUACAUAAACCUCAACUAACCAGCAAACACAUGGACGUUCAUGGAGAUCCCUUUGUUUACAGAGCUAAACAGUGAUAACAUAUCACAGAUGUGCUAUAUAUAGAUAUUUAUAUAAUUAGGUAUGUGUUUGAGCAUUGUAUUUAUAUAUCUUUGCUUACACAUUCAAACAUAAUUUGGUCCUUUAUAUGCUAGACAUAUAGAGAAGCAACACAUCACAUUAUCAGUGUGAUAAACUAAUGGAUCUGGCUUAACUACCAUUGGUAUAUGUGUUAGUUACUGCCAGAAUUAUACUAGAGUAGGAUUCUAAUUUUACUGUGGUCAUUUGAUAUGACAUUUGUUACCCCCGUCUGAUAGAGGACUUAAGUUUCCAUUGCCACGUUCUACUCUUGUUUGAUAGAGGACUUGAAGGAUCUUUCCCUAUCUUGAGAGUAGGACAAUGAAAUUUCCCCCCCAAGAAGAAAUUCAAGACCGUUUAACCCCAGGCUACUUAAACCCGAAGUAUAGACAGUCAAAAAUCUUCUCUGAGGGUAGAGAUGUCUCCUACCUUCAAGAUAGAGAUUGAGCCUUUUUCUCCCUGUUUUUCCUCAAAAUCACUUUUUAUUAGAAAAAAACCAAAAGCUGAUGCAUUGAUUGCAUAGUUUUCAGCAAACCCAUUGAGUUAUCUUCUGUAACCUGCUGUUAUUGACUAAUGUCAAUGCAAUGUUGAUGUGAUAUCUUAAAUAAAUAAAUAUACACCAUUUGAUAUAGUUCUCUAUCUAGCUAACAUAAGCCAUUCUAAAGCGCUUU